UGUCAGUUCCGUGAAGGCUAGAUGCGCUUAUGGUUGUUGUCUUGCCAUCUCUAACAUCCUUUUUGUGACUCCCUCUGGACCAGGAAAAUGUAUGCCGCUGUUACGCUAUUCGUUUUCAUGUGCUUGACUGCCACCGCCCAUGCAGAUCACCAUCAGCCUUGUCAUUCUCCCAACAUGACAGGGUUCAUGAGCGUGGUGUCCUUUAAGGGGGACGUGAAAGCGUAUGGUGCAUUCACCUACGAUUCAAUGGGCAAGAAACUACGGUUCAGGUCAAACGAGAGCCAUCCUUCAAACGGUUCGCUAGGUUUGGAUCUGCUAAUGUUUUUUGAAGAGGGGAUACUGUAUGAGAUUGACAGCAAAAACCAGAGCUGUGAGAAAAAAACACUGCACUGCAACAUGCACCCUCUGGAUAUUCCCGAUGAUGCCACAUUUUUGUCUACACUUCACUCUGGGAGCUCAUCCAUUGAAGGGGAGGGAUUAAAAGUCAGCGUCUGGACAGGAUCACUGCCUGACAAAAAAGGCCAUUACUCCAUGUCCGUUACCAUGAGAUGUUUGCCUGUGGCCGCCCUUUACUUCACUGAGUCUGCAUCCUUAAUUAUCAGCAACAUCGACGUGGAAGUCGAGAUCAAGGAUCCCGAUCUCCUCGUGGUGCCUUCCUUUUGUCUGGGUCAGCCCCUGGAGGAGACACCUGAAGGGACAGUAAAUAGCUUCCUCAGUGAGUUCAUGUAGCUGAAGCCUCGCUGGCAGAAAAUUCAACCCCUACACAAGCACGGCUCGCCAGAACUAUAGACUUUUCUCUCCUUUCCAUUCGUGACUUGAGUUUUUCCUGCGACACUACACUGCAUCACAUCUGUUUCCAUCACGUCUUCCACUCCCCUGUGAAGAUAUGGCUUUGAAUGGAUCAUCCUAUAUACGUACAUUUUGAUGUAAAAGUACAAGAUAUGAUAUACAUGGAUUCUAGAUGUAGUCAUAAUUACUAACAGUUGGUGGCUUUUCAAGUUGGUACCGCUUACAAAACCUGUAAGAUAUGAUUAAUGGAACAAUAAAAUGUCAAAGCUG